AUGCAGAUCCCUUUUGUGCAGCAUCUUCUGAGAGCAUUUGCGGAGCUGAUGGCUCCUUGGACCCCUUGGGAUCCCUCUUCCGAGGAGGAGGAGGAGGAGGAGGAGGCGGCUGGUCCUGGGAAGGAGAGGAUGCCUGGGCUCUGGAGCUUGCUGCUGACCAUGGGUCUGCUGGAAGGGCCGAGGGGGGCACAGAGCUGUGUGCCUCCUCCAGGGGCUCGGAACUGGGCCCGGGGCCGGCCGGCCGCUCAGUCCUCCACAUACCCCCAGUGGGGCGACGUCUACAGCCUGGCGGGCAGCGCCGUGGAUGGCAACCGUGACGGAGACUGGCGUCACGGCUCCUGCAGCCACACCAUGGCAGAAGAAGAGCCCUGGUGGAGCCUGGACCUGGGUGCCCCCUACACCAUCGCGGCCGUGGUGGUGAAGAACCGCCAGGAGUGCUGCUCUGAGCGGAUCAAGGGGGCCCAGAUCCGCGUGGGAGACUGCGGGGUCCAGCACGGCAAACACAACCCAGUCUGUGGGACCAUUACGAACGGCAGUGCCGGCUCUCUCAGCAUCGUCUGCUGUGAUGGACUUCAAGGGCGCUACGUGACGGUGAUCAUCCCCGGCCGAGCAGAGUACCUGACCCUCUGUGAGCUGGAGGUCUACGGCUCCAGAGUGGGGAAGGGGUGCUGUCCAGGACUCAGCACUGAGGCCUCUUGGUGGAAAGACGCUGUGGUUGCCCACCUUCCAGGAAGGAUAGCCAACCCUUUGGUUCAUCCCCAAGAAACCGAAGCAAGGAUGAUGCUCGUUGUCUGGGGGUGGCUGCUGGCUGUGACGCUGUUGGCAGGCCCUGCAGCAGCUCAGAGCUGCAGGCACCUACUUGAAGGUACAGGGACAAAGAACUUGGCCAAAGGGCAGCCGGCCAACCAGUCCUCCAUCCACCGCCAUCAGAUCAUUGGAUCAGCAGACAAAGCCGUGGAUGGGGACUGCAACGGAGACUGGUAUCACGGCUCCUGCACCCACACCAAGUAUGACAAAGACCCCUGGUGGUAUGUGGACCUGGGAGACUCUUAUAAAAUCUCCGUGGUGAUUGUGGGAAACCGUGAGGACUGCUGUGGUGAAAGAAUCAAUCAGGCUGAGAUCCGCUUGGGAGACACUCUGGAAGACCAUGGAAAGUCCAAUCCUCUCUGUGGGAUUGUCCUGAACACCAGCCCGGGCUCCGUCACCACGAUCUACUGCAACGAGCAGCAAGGCCGCUACGUCAGUGUCCACUUAGUCGGGAGGCAAUACUUGUCCUUAUGCGAAGUGGAGGUAUACAGCGUCCAGUAGAGAUGCCACGUCUCGCGCGGGGGACGAGUCAAUGCUCCUACGAAAUGUCACCCGCCGUCCAAAUAAAGUGCCUCCGGGCUCCUGAUAUG